AUGAUCGCGGAGGCGUCGGACCUCUCGAAGUCAUUCACUUCUCUCACCGUGAGCAGCAGUGCGCUUAUUCGCACCGUUCAGAACGAGAACGCGACGGGAGGUGACACAGGGCGAGGCGAUGCGGUGCGAGGGAGCGGCGCGGGGACGGGGGUGCCAGUGGAGGUGCCAAGGAGCACCACUUCGUGGAUGGGCGCGGAUGGGACGGGGGUGCCAGUGGAGGUGCUGUCGUCGGUGCUGCAGAUGCUGCCGUCCCUCGACGACCUCGCCACCGCCGCCAGGGUUAAUAGGGCAUGGCGCACAUCCGCGCUCUCCCCCUCGCAGUUGCGCGCGUGCGCGAUCGAUGACGACCGCCCCACCGCGCCCUCCGCUCACAGCCGCGUGCUCGCGCACUCCCGCGCGCCUAUGCCGCCUAAACCGCCUCCCCCAGAGCUCUGGCUCAAUCCCGCCGCCUUCUCCCCUUUCCUCCACUUGCGCACGCCGCAAAGCCUCCGCCGAACGGGGAACACAAUUCCCGCCAACGACGCGGGUGAUCCCAGAGAAAGCUCCCUCUCAAGCCGCGCCAGUUGCGAGCCGCUCGGCGGCACGACGCCCGCGACGCCGGAAGCUACGGUCACCGGCAGGCGGAUGGACGGCGUGGAGUGGCGGGAGGGUUGCGCGCACGGCGGAGGAGGAGGGGCGUGGCCGUCGCCGCGCACGCCGUCGCCGGUGGCGGCGAGGGAGGGCGAGCUGAUGGCGUUCGAGGAGGAGGUCACGCGCGCCGUCAAUCACGGCAGGCGGGUUCUGCGUGCGUGUCCGCGCCUGCAGGCGCUGCGUGUGCAGCACGUGUGCAUGGGCGCAACCUUCAACGGCUCCCCGCCCCCUUUCCACAGCCUCCUCUCCCCCACCUCCCCCUACCACAUCCCCUUCUCCACCUCCCCGUCCCCCUCCCCGUCCCACUCGUAUGGGUCCCCCCAGCGUGCCUGCUCGCCUUCCCCCACCGCCUCGUCCCCUCUACGCGACUCUCCUCCUUCCGCUGCUUGUCUCUCCUCCUCUCCCGUACCCCCCGCUUCCUCCCCCCUCCCUGGCGCCUCUCUGCCGCCUCCCUCCCCCCAUUCCCCCGCCGUCCACCCUCCCCCUCCGCCCUACCCGUGCGGGUGCCUGCCCCUGUCCGCGCGUGGGCUGGCGGGCAUUGGCGCGCUGUGCCCUGCCAUCAAGGCGCUCACUCUUACACUGCAGCACGUGGUGUUCGCAUGCGACCUGCCGGCCAUGAUGGCAUGUGUGGGCGCGCUGCCAUGCCUGCAGAUGCUUGUCAUCGACCUGCACAUGCCGUCAUUUCUUUGGGCAGUCGGUGAAGGCGGACACGCUGUGGAGCACGCACUCAUGCUUCACCCACCAGGCCAUGACAGCACUGGCGUUGGCAGGGCCGCCACCGCUCACAGCGCUGUCGCUCAGCCCCUGUGCCCUCACGCCCGCCUCCUUCCUCACCCUCGCCUCCGCCUUUCCUCGCCUCAUGGUGGGCGCUUGGCUGCUGCUUCUGCUGCUGCUGCUGCUGCUGCUGCUUCUGCUGCUGCUGCUGCUGCUGCUGCUGCUGCUGCUGCUGCUGCUGCUGCUGCUGCUGCUGCUGCUGCUGCUGCUGCUGCUGCUGCUGCUGCUGCUGCUGCUGCUGCUGCUGCUGCUGCUGCUGCUGCUGCUGCUGCUGCUGCUGCUGUGGCCUUUGUUUCUCGCGUCCUUUGUGCUGCCACGGAGCACCAUGGAGCACCACGUGCAUGUACUGCCUUGCUGUCACCAUGCGCUAUCACACUGUCAGCAUGCACUGUCCACCAUGCUCUCACCUUCCACUCCCUUCCCCCAUUCCCUUACCUUCACCUCCUGCCAUUCCCCUCUCUCCCGCCACCCGUCGCCCACCAUGCCCAUCCCCUCAGGCACUCGACCUGCAGGGACUGCACAGCGAGCCCAUGCACCUCACCCACGCCCUACCACUCCAGGCACUGCACCACCUUUACGCACUGGCGCUUGGCCCUGUCGCCAUGCCAGCACCAGGAGAGUGGGAGCUGCCUCUGA